CCGCUCGCCUGCUAUAUUAAUCUCGCCUUUCUCCCUGACACGCCCACCACCAUGUCGCACAUCACGCCAGGAUCCAGCACGACAGGCUUCUUCCAGACGCCGCCGAAGGUGGCGAACCAGUUCCGGGAGGACGUGGCGCUUGCGCGCUCGACAGCCAUGUUCCUCUCUCCCGAGACGCAGUCUCGCGUCGCGCCCGACCUCGACGGGCUCGGCGCGCUCGUCCUCUCGCCCCGCAUCCUCGACUACGUGAACGAUGCGGAGACGAACACGCCGCGCCUCCGCGGAAACGGGUACACGAUGUGGGGCGCGAGCCAGGACGCGAACACGCUCGUGACGGCGGCCGGGUGGAAGGCGCUGCUCGCCGUCGCGCGGGAGCAGGGCAUCGUGACGACGGGGUACGAUGCGGCGCUGGGCGCCGAGGCGCGCGUCGUGCAGGCCGCCAAGAUAUAUCUGUGGUGCGCGUCGAGCGCGAUGACGGCGUGUCCGAGCGGGAUGCAGGAUGGGGGCGCGAGCAUUAUUCUCAACGACCUCGCGCGCCCCCCGUCAGACAGGUAUCCCGAGGACGUGAAGCCCGUGCGCAAGCUUGCGAUGGAGCGCGCGCUCGCGCGCCUCAUGUGCGCCGACCCCGAGUGGGGGUGGACGUCGGGGCAGUGGAUGACGGAGCGGCGGGGCGGGAGCGACGUCAAGGGCACGGAGACGGUGGCGACGUGGGUCGGGCUUGGCGACGGGUCCGAGACGGACCUCAACGGCUGCCCGCUCGGCCCGUACAGCAUCUCGGGGUUCAAGUGGUUUGCGAGCGCCACCGACUGCGGGUGCUCGAUCUUGCUCGCGUACACGGACGCCGGGCUGAGCUGCUUCUACGCGCCGACGCGCCGCGUGCGCGACGGGCAAGAGGUCAUGAACGGGCUGCGCAUCAUGCGCGUCAAGCAGAAGCUGGGGACGCACGCGCUGCCGUCGUCCGAGAUCGAGCUGCGCGACAUGCGCGGCUGGCUUAUCGGCGACGAGGGCCGCGGCGUCGCCGUCAUCGCCAAGCUCUUGAACAUUACGCGCUUCCACAACGCCGCGCGCGCGAACGGAUACCUCGGCCGCGGGCUCGGCGUCGCGCGCGCCUUCGCGCGCGUCCGCACCUUCCCCGGACGCCAGGCGCCGAAUAACGGCCUCAAGCAGAUCCCGCUGUACUGCCGCUCGCUGGCCAAGGUCACGCUGCGGCACCGCGCCGACACGUUUUUCACCAUGUUCCUCGCGGCGCUCCUCGGCGCCGACGCGACGAAAGACUUUGCCGCGCCCGUCAUCCCCAAGGGCGAGGACGCCGAGCUCCUCCUGCGCCUGCUCACGUCCGUCGCCAAAGCGUACAACACAAAACACUCGGUCCACGGCCUCCAAGAGUGCAUGGAGGCACUCGGCGGCGUCGGAUACCUCGAAAACAGCGAGACGCCCGAGCUCAACGUCGCGCGCAUGUUCCGCGACGCCAACGUCUUCCCGAUUUGGGAGGGCACGACCGACGUGCUCUCCACCGACACGGUCAAGGUCCUGCGCGGCAAGUCGGGGCCCGCGUGCACGGCGGCCAUGGGCCGCUGGCUCGGCGUGCACCUCGCGGGCUCCGGAUUUGGGGAGGAGCGCGCGGCAAUCCGCGCCGCGUGGGACGAGGCGCUCGCAUGGCCCGCGGACAAGGAGGAGCUGUUCCAUGCUGCGCGCGAGGUCGUGGACACGAUCGGCAAUAUCGUGUGCGCGACACUUCUUGUCGUCGACGCUGAGCGGGACGGGAAUGAGGUGGCGGCCGAGUGUGCGCGCCGCUUCGCGCGCCAGGCAUUUGGGAUCAAGGCGCCACGCGCGAAUUGGGAGGACACGUACCGCCUCGACCAGCGGAUCGCUUUCGAGGCGGACCCCGAUGCCGGGCGGCUGGAGCGUGCGCGUCUGUAGACGGCGUAAGAUGUAAGCGUAAAUUGUAAGCGUAAGAUGUAUAGAUACAAAGUCAG